AUGAGCCUGAGCACUCCAUGCGGCGCUCUGGUCCAAAAUCCGCUCGAAGGGGUGCCGACACGGUGCGCCAACAUCCGGAAGGUGGUGGCAGCCAUGGCGCCACCGCAUCGCACGCCGCUGCUGGUUGUAGCCUGCGCGGCGCUGCUUGCUGCCUAUGCCCUAUCCGAAGCUUUUGCUGUGACUACCUCCCCCAAGGCUCUCUCUCCUCCACGGCUGUCUGCACAGGCGGUUGGUGCAGGACUGCCAGCCCAGCAUUCUUCAGAAGGUUAUGGUGCUGUUGGUGGGGCCAUGUGCGGUGCAGUAGCGGCUUUGCUAGCGGCCGGUGGCCUCGCAGUCCGUAGCCAACGCAAGAGCCGGUCGCUUCAGUGCAAUGCAUUCUCGAGCAGCAGCAGUGGCUUUAUGGGAACGCCGUGUGCAUCGUCUUACGUCUGGAACCACCAGGCAGCUCCUGAGCCCCAGCAGCCUGUGCAGGCUCAGUCAGGUGUGGCGAGCAUGGGCAUGAAGGCCCAAGUUUGGUGGAUCCGGAACAAUGGCUACGACGGCCCCGCAAAGGGCGGUGCCAAGUUGUGGGACAGUAGGCGGCGUGAGUCCAGGCGCCGCGGGGAGGAGCUCUUCCGGCACGAUGUUGAUAAUUUCGAGUUGUGCGUUCACAACCUCCUCUCUGCUCCGGGCAGCAACAAGCGAAGGAUUCAGCGUGGUCGUGGCAAGUACGGUCAUCACGGCCGAACCUGCGGUUAUGGAUCCACGAAGAACGGGGCUGCCAAGCGAGGACGCCGUACCCUGAACCCUGGCUACGAGGGCAACCAGAAGCCGCUGCACCUGAAGACUCCCAAGCUCACGAAAGACGUUCCUUUGAUAGCCUUUGAUCAUGCUGCAUCGCAGCCCCCUUGUGUGGAGUCCUCUGGUGGAGUUGCAAAGGUCGACUCCAGUGCCGUUGGCGACUUGAAGCGGCGGCCGUCGCCGGACUUGUCGGAGCUUUCUGGCUUUGCCCGAGGCUCCUUGGAAGACUUUGAGAAAGACGCGGAGCAGUACACGCAGCUAGUCGACUGGCUGCGUGCACGGGGAGCCUACGUCAACCAGGCAGUCGGCCUGGUCGAGAGAGACAUCUUGGAAGACGGAGACUCAAGAGCAGAGCGAGCAGAGCGUGGCUGCGCAGCCACGCAAGAUAUACGAGCAGGAGAGCUGUUGCUUGAAAUUCCACUGAGCUGCUGUCUGUCCUCGGUGCCGGGAUGCUACGACGACAUUUUGUCAGAUCUGGAGCCAGCAAUGGAACGAGGGGGAAUUGCGAAGGCCGACGUAGAGCUCGCCUUGGCCGUGGCAGUCGAGCGUCAGCAAGGAGAGGCGUCGCCUUGGUGGACAUAUUUGAGGAUGCUCGACUGUAGCCACACCUUUCCACUUUUCUACGAGCCAGCAGAUCUGGAAGCUCUGGAGAACAUCCCGCUGACAGAGUCACUGGAGGUGACUUCCCAAGUCAUCUCGCAGAUUGCAGAAGCCAGCGGCCUCCCCGAUACAGAAUUUCGAGAAGCAAUGCAGCUGGUGAUGGGUCGGCGCUUUGGGUCCGAUACAUCCAGAGCCAUGAUGCCGAUCGGUGACCUUUUGAACCAUCGCUUUUACCCAAGUUGUGAGUGGGAGACGCCCACCAACGACAGUCCGUGUUGGCGGUUAAGGUCCAAGAUGGACCUCUCUCCUGGUGAUUCCCUGAACCACCUCUACUGUGAGGACCCGAACCAUCUGCUGUUGCAACAGUCUGGCUUCAUCAUGAAGGAGAACCCUCACAACAGGAUCAUGGCCAGACCAGUGGACUUUGCCAAGUUUCGCAAGGACGAGGUUGAGAAGCAGUUGCCGGAUCCGGAUGAAGAGGGGGUCGGGCUCAGCAUGUUUCUCGUUGGAAGAAGGCCGGGAGGUCUACAGUGGAACCCCCUCUGGCUUGAUACGAUAGGUUUAGCAGUCACAGAGAGCCCAGAUGCACCGCAUUGGGGAACCAGUCCUGAAGGCAUGGAGAAGUACUUGCAUGCCCUGGAGACUGCGUCAUGGUCACUGUUUCCAACAUCUCUUGAAGAGGUGGAGGCUGACUGGACCGGAAAUAUAGCAGUCGAAAUUACAGCGUUAGACGACAAUCUCCGAGCGAAAAGACUUAUCCACCUGAGCCUUUGCAAGACUGCAUGCAUACUCAACAUGUGCGACGAUGGUGACGAGGUGGACUACAUGGACUUGUUCGUCCGAGGACUGCCAGUCCCGUCGCGAAAAAGGUUCGACAGAGUGAAGAUCAAGGCAGAGGAGACCGACGAGCUGACCGUGAAGAAUCUCACAGUUUUCGCUCAUGCCUUCGAGCCAGCUGCUCGCGAGAAAAUCGAGGAGAAUGGUGGCAGGUGCAUUCGCUUGUCAGACGUGGGCAGCUUGCCGAUUGACGCCAAGUGGAUGAGCACAAACGAGUUCAAGGUGGGCGCCGGAGACGACUCCAAGGAGGAGGCUGAGGAAGAGGAGGCACCUGCCGAGGCCGAAACAGCAAGGCCGACGUGUGCCUUGGCUGAUGUGGAAGACUGCGGAGGUGUGCAGUUUGCCACUGCUGCAACAGGUGGCAGCCUCGUCCUACCCGACGGUGGUGCACCAGUGAGUGGAAGCCGCUUCCGUGUCGAGCCAGGAGCCAGCGGCCUGCCCGAGUUGCAAGCAAAGCCCGGGACAACGGCCAAAGUCCCUGACAGGAACACCUCGUCAGAGCCGUAUCCUGCACCAAACGUUCUGGACAAGCUCCUCGAUGGAGCGCAGAUGCAGCUUGACUCAGCGGACUACGGGCGAUUCUCUGCAGUUCCAGGAGUAAGAUCGUCACAUCGCGGGAGUCAGCCUGAGCAUCCUCCGGUUAACGCUGGUGGACAGAUGCAACCCAAAAGGACGACUGCCUCGCAGAGGCCCGAAUGGGACAGCCUUUUCGACGAUCUUGACGACGGAGAGCGAAAGGACCCGGCUGCAGAGGCAGAGGGGGAUCCCGCGUCGGAGAGCUGGAGGGCGGGCAGCACGGUCGGCCCCGACUGGGACCAUCUCUACAAGAGGCUCCCGGCAGCUCGCGACGGAGGAGAGAAGAGGGUUGAUGAUGAUGCUCUUGACUACGCUGCACUGUUCAGUGGAGCGACAGAUCCCGACGACGAUGACUUGCCAGACCUGGUUCCCACAGACACUCGGGCGUCUGCUGAGAAGCCUAACCCUGCAAGCGAGCGAGGUCGUGCGCCGCCCGUGUCGCCUCUGCGCGAGGAUGCAAGAAGGGACCCUGCGGGCAAGAACGCGAAGGAGCUCGAGCAGGAGGAGGAGGAGGAGGUCAACGUCGCAGAGCGCCGCCUCGUUUUCGAUCUGGACUCCAGCCUGGUGGAUCUUGCAUGCCAUUGGCAGAAGUAUGGUAUCCUGGGUCACUUCAACCUCUCCGGCCAUGCUGACGAGGGAGUGGAAGCAUGGGGCGAGAAGUUGAUGCCCAAGGGCAUGCUUUCGCUAGCUGACUUCCGUUCUCAUGGUGUCGAGCUGGAUCUCAGCGACACGCACGCUGUCUCGUCUGGUUUCCAAGAGCUGGAGGAGUUUUCCAGCGCGUUGAAACGUGACGGCACGGUCACGACUCUCAGACUCUCCCGAGCCAGGAUUGGCAACUCCGGGGCAAGCUGGAUCGCAGGAGCUCUCAUGCGGAAUUUUACCCUAACGGAGCUGGUGCUGAGCAGCAACUCCAUCUCGGACGAAGGAAUUGACCCGCUUGCUGCUGUGCUUGACAGCAACAACACGCUCAAAAAGAUCGAUCUGUCGGACAACCGGGUGGGGUCGAGGGGUGCGCAGCAGCUUGCGUCGGCCAGCUCCAGGAACCGAUCCCUGACGUAUCUCGACCUCAGCAGGAACAGCAUCGGAGACCAGGGGGCCGAGGAGUUCCUCUCCGUGUUAGAUGUGGCGGUUCGACCGCGGCCGUCGGCUCUGCGGAUAUUGGACUUUUCGGGCAACUCCAUCACCAGGCGCACCGAGGAACGGCUCCUUUCUGCCUUUCACCGUGGAAUCACGGUGCUGGAGUCGUUGCACCUGUCAGACUCAGACGGGGCGAAGGCAGCGGCUGCAGACGAGGGCAAACCUCCCCGGUUUACGGUCAUUUGCACGCAGCAGGGUAUUGAGAUCCGCGCUGGCAGAGCUGGGCCGCGGGCGCAGAUCAGCUGGGAGCAAGAUCAAGGAGACGUUGAGGUGGUCCUCAAGCGGGCUGAGAUGAGGAAGUGCGAUACAGCGGUGGUGGAUGUAGCUUUUGGCUACCGGAGACUGAAGGUCACUGUACGAGCCGAACUGAUCAUGGACAUUGAGCUCUUCGCGCGCAUUCGGCCAGAGGAUUGCGCGUGGACGGUCGGCGACGGUUACCUGCAGAUCGUCUUGGCCAAGGCCGGGAGUCCUAAUGCAGUCUACGGUUGUAGUACCCAAUAA